ACAAACCAUCAGAUCAAUCAAACCAAUCUUACGUCCACCAGGAUGAGUCGAAGAAGGCAAGCCAGUUCGUCAUCGUCGGAAGCCGAUAGUAUCGACAGCGAGGAGGAGGCUCGGCUUCGUGAUAUUAAGGAACGUGACGAAUUUUCCCAACGCUUGAAAAAGAAGGAUGAGGAUAGAACUAGGAAAGUUGUGGAGUCCACGAGCAGAAAGGCGUAUGAGGAAGCUGCCAAGCGGCUGAAAUUGGAAGCUGACGACAGGGAAAAGCUGCUGCCGAAGCUAAGAAUCCAGUCACGACGACAAUACUUGGAAAAACGCAAAGAUGAUAAAGUCGCCGAACUCGAAGCGGACAUUCUGGACGAUGAGUAUCUCUUCGAGGAGUCGCAAAUCACGGAGAAAGAGCGGCAUGAUCGUGAGUAUAAGAAAAAUUUGCUUCAAAUUGCCAAAGAUCAUGAGAAGGCGCGGGAGCUGGAACGGAUUCAGCGGUAUCAUAUGCCGAAGGAUAUUAAGAAAGGCGAUAAGGAGGAGUAUGUGGAAGUGGACGAACGGGAGAAGUUACCCAAUUCCGAGCAGAAGAAGUGGGAAGCGGAGCAGCUUGCGUCAGCGGUGUACAAGUUAGGAUCAAAAGAUGCCCGGCAACAGGAUGAGUACGAGCUUCUGCUGGAUGACCAAAUUGAUUUCGUCCAAGCGUUGCGUCUUGAUGGGACCAAGGAGAAGGAUAGGAAACCUCACAUUUCUGAAUCCGAGAGGAAGAAAAUGAAUAUUGAGGAAACGAAAAAAUCUCUUCCCGUCUAUCCAUUCAAAGAGGAUCUUAUUGCAGCUAUCAAGGAACAUCAGGUUUUGAUCAUUGAGGGUGAAACUGGUUCGGGAAAGACGACGCAAAUUCCCCAGUACUUGUAUGAGGCGGGAUUCACUAACGAUGGGAAGAAAAUCGGGUGCACCCAGCCUCGUCGAGUGGCAGCGAUGUCCGUGGCAGCCCGAGUGGCUCAGGAGAUGGAAGUAAAACUGGGCAAUGAGGUUGGGUACAGCAUUCGUUUCGAAGAUUGCACCUCCGAGCGAACUGUGAUCAAGUACAUGACGGAUGGUACGUUGCACAGGGAAUUUCUGUCGGAACCGGAUCUAAACUCGUACAGCGUGAUGAUUAUCGAUGAAGCUCACGAACGGACGCUGCACACCGAUAUUCUGUUUGGAUUAAUGAAAGAUAUUGCCAGGUUUCGGUUGGAUUUGAAAUUGUUGAUCUCGAGUGCCACGUUGGAUGCGGAAAAAUUUUCCGACUUUUUUGAUGAAGCACCAAUUUUUAGAAUUCCAGGGCGGCGAUUUCCGGUGGAUAUUUAUUAUACCAAAGCUCCUGAGGCCGACUAUAUUGAUGCCUGUGUUGUAUCAGUGCUGCAAAUCCACGCAACUCAGCCAUUGGGAGACAUCCUAGUGUUUUUAACAGGUCAGGAAGAAAUCGAAGCUUGUCAGGAGAUGUUACAAGAACGUGUCAAACGACUAGGAUCGAAACUCAAGGAACUCAUCAUUCUACCCAUCUACGCCAAUCUGCCAUCGGAUAUGCAAGCGAAGAUUUUUGAACCCACUCCACCAAAUGCACGCAAAGUUAUCUUAGCGACAAAUAUCGCCGAAACGUCACUCACAAUCGACAACAUUAUCUACGUGAUCGACCCGGGUUUUGCGAAGCAAAAUAACUUUAAUUCAAGAACCGGAAUGGAAACGCUGAUGGUUGUUCCGAUCUCAAAGGCAUCGGCGAAUCAGCGGGCGGGACGAGCCGGUCGAGUAGCUCCUGGUAAGUGCUUUCGACUAUACACCGCUUGGGCUUACAAACAUGAGCUGGAAGAUAACACCGUUCCGGAGAUUCAACGAAUAAAUCUGGGCAAUGCGGUUCUGAUGUUGAAGGCUCUGGGCAUAAAUGAUUUACUGCAUUUCGAUUUUCUGGAUCCUCCUCCACAUGAAACGUUGGUUCUUGCGUUGGAACAGCUUUAUGCCCUAGGAGCACUGAAUCAUCACGGGGAAUUAACAAAAUUGGGUCGGAGAAUGGCCGAGUUUCCCGUGGAUCCAAUGAUGGCCAAGAUGUUGCUGGCCAGUGAGAAGUACAAAUGUUCGGAUGAGGUAGUCUCCAUUGCCGCGAUGCUGUCGGUGAAUGGGGCGAUAUUCUACCGACCGAAGGACAAAAUUAUUCACGCUGAUACAGCGAGAAAAAAUUUCAAUCACGUUCAUGGAGAUCAUCUGAGCUUACUGCAGGUUUACAAUCAGUGGGCCGAAACCGAUUUCAGUACCCAGUGGUGUUACGAGAAUUUCAUACAAUUUCGGUCAAUGAAGCGAGCUCGUGAUGUUCGGGAGCAGCUGGCGGGAUUGAUGCAGCGGGUGGAAAUCGAUCUGGUUUCGGGCUUACCGGAAACAGUGAACAUCCGGAAGGCGAUCACUGCCGGUUACUUCUAUCACAUUGCAAGGCUUUCAAAGGGAAACUAUAAAACGGUGAAGCACAAUCAAACCGUCAUGAUCCAUCCGAAUUCGGCCUUGUUUGAGGAGCUACCGCGGUGGGUUCUGUAUCAUGAGUUAGUUUUUACAACUAAGGAAUACAUGCGUUCAGUUAUUGAGAUCGAAAGCAAAUGGCUACUGGAGGUGGCCCCUCAUUAUUACAAACCGAAGGAACUGGAAGAUUCCACCAAUAAGAAGAUGCCGAAGACGGUAGGGCGAGCGACUCUCACAGAAGCGUGAGGACAUCUGUAGCAGUUUUCAAUUUAGCAAUUAAACAAUAAAAUACAUUACA